AUGGCGUCCCGAAGGAACUUGAAGCAGGAUGACUGGAACUGGGUUGAAAAACAGCUGGACAAGAGAGCGGACAAGAGGAGUGUUGUACUAUGUGAUGGAGUCCCGAUCGACGAACGGAGGCUUCAGAGAUCAAUCAAACGGCAUCGGCCUACAACUACCCAGAAACUGGCUCGAAAAUACCAAGAAGCCCACCCAAGGAUCCUGAUCCGAACCCCAGCAUCAAGCGGAUCUGUUGAACCGCCACCAAAUCAAAUCUCGGACGAUUCGGAAUAUCAACAACUUGAGCCUGAUAGCCACGCCAGCCUACAUCUUCCUAGUCUGGACUGGCAUCUAACCGAUGAACAGCUUCUCUCGCAGUGGCUAAUUUGGCCUCCCAGUUCUCCUAGUGACGGAGAGGCCGGAUCUAGUCCGAAAAAUGAGAUCAGGGAAGGGAAUGCAACAGCGCAAGGACGUAUGAUGCUCGAUGACGCCCUCAGUGGAUUCCUUAUUCUACUCACUGGGGAACUGGAACGCUUUCAAGUUCCUCUCCCUCCCAUCCCGGACGCUCAACCACCAGAGAUCCUGGAGGAGGAAGCUCGCAGUCAGCUCGCCCUGAUUACAAGCUGUGUACAGCUCGGACACGAAGAAGCUGGACAAAAGAUACUGGCUGAACUUCUCAGGAAAAUUGGAGCCGAUCACGGCGAGUCGUGGUCAAGGCUUUGGCAAAUUGUACAGCAAGAACCUGGUUCUGAGACAGAUGACGGUCUUUUAGCUAUUUUCCGCCAGCGUCUCGCCGACUUUGAGGCUCUGCUUGGACAAAAGAAUGAAACUCUGAUGAAUUUGCAGACUUUCAUGGCUAUAUAUUAUUUUGUUCCUGAAAUGUUUUUGCCUGCUGGCGAUAGGAAGAUGGUGGAUAUACAAGAGAGGCUUGUCGAAGGGGCGCAAUUUCUACUGCGGCCACUGGCGGAAGGGCUUGGCGAGGAAACGGCAAAUGCGUUGAUCACCGGAUGGCAUAAGGAAGCUGAUAUUGGCAGCUACGCGGAAUUUAUCCGCGAGCUACAGCACGCAGCUUCGAGGGUGACUGGAACUCGUAUCAUGGUCGAGGCAUUUAUAAGAAUGGGGUGGAUUGUUUUUAAUGAGAAUGGUUUAUAUAUCACAGAGAACGCGCGAUGGCCUAUGAGUUCAGAGAUGUGGGAGAUUUUUAUGCAUCUGAUGGACUUCUUAAAGGAAGAGAAGGCUCAGGGACAGGCUCUUGAACUGGCCACCGUUGACGACGCCGUUCUUGUCGAGGGAAAUGGAAGCGGAGUCACUGUUAAUAGGUGUUACUGUGCGGUUCUAGAUAGGGAAAAGGGGAAGUGGGUUUACCCCUUGUUGGCAGUCUUCUUGCCAAUAGGUGUGCUUGAUGAGCGAGGCAUCUUCAGGACGAUGUAUAGAGGAAGGGGGAAGAUGGAAAUAUAG